AUGGCGACGGCGACGGUGACAAGCCCUUUGUCGUCACCUGCUUCGCCGUCGACAACCAAGAAUGUUUCGGGCGGAAAUGAGAAAACCGUACCAGCCGGAUGCUUUGAUAUCUGCAACAAUGUCUAUGUGGAAGCCAGCAGCAUCGGCAAGGUUCUCCAGAUGUGCGACACAAACUCGGACUUUUGGCGGGGCUAUCGGGAGUGCAUCUCUUGCAUCAGGGCUGAGGCCAUCGACGCGGAGACGACAAUCGAGACAUACAUCGAUCCCGAAUUCAAGCAGUUCUUGGAUUACUGUGCAUCGCAACCGCUGCAACCGAGCUAUCCCUCUACUCUCAUGACGAUCAGGACGGUGGUUCAGUUCGUUGAUAUAACCGCCAUCGACGGGAAAGUCCGCCCGGGCAUGCUGAGGACAUGGGUAGUGACCGAACUGAAGGCCGAGUUUACGGGCCUGCCGACAGCCACCUCGAACACCCUCUCCCUGCAGACGACGAUGCCAACCGAGACGCUGCCCGCAGGCACGUCUGCGACCGCGACGCAGGAACCUUCGCCAGAACCAAACGAGGCAUGGAUAGCCGGCUCCGUGAUCGGCGUCGUGACCGCGAUCCUGCUAGUCCUUGCCGGACUGUGGUUCUUCCGACGGCACAGUAGACGGGUGCUUGAUCAGUUUGCUGUCGAGGCCAAUGGUUAUGGAAAGGAGGAGUUCAUAAAGGCGCAGCUCCACUCGGACUGGAUUUCACGCGGGCAUGCCGCGGAGCUCGAGUGUUCUUGGCCCAAAACAAUGCCCGCGGUAAGUGCCAAUGAGAUCCCUGCACAAGAGAUGCCAGUCUCAAACAGCCGACAUGUGGAAGGGGUCACGGGGUAA